CGGACCCCCAGGCGGAGCGGCGGGGCCGCCGACCCCCAGGCGGAGCGACAGGUCUCGGGCCCUCAGGCGGAGCGGCGGGCGCCGGACCUCCAGAUGGAGCGACAGGUCUCGGGCCCUCAGGCGGAGCGGCGGGCGCCGGACCCCCAGAUGGAGCGACAGGUCUCGGGCCCUCAGGCGGAGCGGCGGGCGCCGGACCCCCAGGCGGAGCGACAGGUCUCGGGCCCUCAGGCGGAGCGGCGGGCGCCGGACCCCCAGGCGGAGCGACAGGUCUCGGGCCCUCAGGCGGAGCGGCGGGCGCCGGACCCCCAGGCGGAGCGA